AUGCCUAGAGGAGUCGAGGAAGUAGAAGACUCACUGGAGUCGAUAGAUGAUUAUGACUGUCAGCAGGAAUCCGAAUGUCGAGCUGAAGAGUCUCUGGUGUACGACGAAGAUCAACUUAACAGGCUUCAUGAACCCAAGCAGGAGGACUCAAAGGAACAAAGGCAGAGUCGAUCAGAGCGCAGGAAAGGCACAGAAGAACAGUCCUCGGAUCCUCUAGAGCCCGAACAGAAACGGAGGAAGCUCAUAAAAGAGAUCGAAGAGUUAAACAGAGACAUCCAAUCCAACCGACAGCGCCCCAAUGAAUUAUGGCGUAUAUCACCGAAAUGA